UAAGGCAAUAAUCCGGUGUUAAGAAAGUCGCCAUCUUGAUAAUUACAUUCGUCACUGUAACUAAAAAUAGAACAGUGACGAAAAUUAAAUGGCUUUAAACAGCAUAAUGCAGUCACUGUUGUACAUUGUUGUAUGAACUGGACAAUUGUAGAGUCCCACCUCUUAUAUGGUUGUCAGUAAAUAAUAAAUACCAAGCAAAUGAGAUAUGGCAACCACUUGAAGAAUAAACAGUAGUAGCCUACUUGUGGAGACACUACUGAGCUGCUGUGACUCGUCUGCCGGUGUAUAUGCAGGAUAAGCGGUUGUGGGAUGGCUUUGCUGACCUUGCACAGAGCACCGUCGAUUUGCACAACACCGGAUGAAUUAAUCCCAAGACGAGGAAUACUACAAAAAAGAGAAAGUUUCGCACUGGUUGGGGGGGCAGUGCUUCUGCUGGAAGAGACAGAGGGAGAGGGAAAAGGAGUACAUGAAGAAACCAUACCUCUUCUACUAGGUCCUAUACACAGACCCUCUGACACUCAGUGCAGACAUUUGCAAGCAAUGCUUUCGUUACUGCGACCAGAGGACACAGUCAAACUGGCUGUACGUUUAGAGUCAGUGAGCCCUGUUAGACUCAGAUAUUUGCUCAUAGUUGGCACACUUGACAAUAAACAAGAAAGUCUAUUACUUGGCAUGGAUUUCCCUGGAUUAAACAGUGAUGAAUGCACUAUUGGCCUUGUCUUGCCAAUAUGGAGUGACACACAGGUUUUCCUGGAUGGAGAUGGAGGUUUCAGUGUGACAUCUGCAGAAGUGACACGAAUUUUCAAGCCUGUGUCCAUUCAGACGAUGUGGUCCGUGCUGCAGGCGCUGCAUGGCUGCUGUGAGCGUGCCGUGCGUGGAGCUGUCAUCCCUGGCUGUGGACUGGAGUGGGCACAACAUUACAAGCAGCAUAUAGAGUCGGACCAGAUCUGCAUUAAUGAAUGGGGGGCAAUGACUGGCCUGGAGUCAGUCAGAAAGAGCAAGGGAGGAAGUUACUCUUCUAAUCGGGAGUCAGUGGAGAAGGAGAUCAAAGCUCAGCUGAGAGAAAUUAUGAGGACUGAGGACUUGGAAAAUAUUACCUCAAAACAGGUGCGAUCAGCUCUGGAGGCUAGUACAGGCUUGGACAUGAAAGACUACAAAGAGUAUAUCGACAAUGAAAUGAUGGUCACUAUGGCGCAGAUGGACAAACCUUCCAAAAUUUUGGAUUACCUUUACUUGGGUUCAGAAUGGAAUGCUGCCAACUUUGAAGAGCUACGGAAGAACAAUGUGGGCUACAUCCUGAAUGUUACAAUGGAGAUUGACAACUUUUUCCCAGAAUCCUUCACCUAUAUGAACAUUAGAGUUUAUGAUGUAGAGUCAACCGACCUGCUACCACACUGGAAGAACACAUACAUGUUCAUCAAUGAAGCAAGGAAAAAUGGACAGGCCGUGCUGGUGCAUUGUAAGAUGGGCGUCUCUCGCUCUGCCUCCACAGUUAUUGCUUUCCUAAUGAAACAGCAGGGCUGGAGUUUAGAGCAGGCACUUAACCACGUCAGGGAACGACGGCCUAUAGUGCACCCAAACGAAAGUUUCUUCAAACAGCUGCAAACGUACAGUGGCAUCCUAAAUGCCAGCAAGCAGCGCCACAGCGCACUCUGGAGGAGGAAAUCUAAAUCAGAACCCCGUCAGCCAUCUGUCCACAUUGCUCCAGCCACAGAAAGUCAACAUGAACAAAAAGAGGAAGAGGAGGAAGGACUGGAAAGUCCAGAAGAAGAAGAAAGCACCAGCGAGGACGAGGAACGCGAUGUCUUUGAUGAGCGCAUGGAGGACAGUUUUUCUGAGUUAUCUGAGGCAGAUACAGCCACAUCCAACCCAAUUAUAAAUAUACAGGAAAGUGAUAAGGUGUCAUCAAGCCCGAGCAGAAGUGGAAGGAUGGAUCUGUUUUCUCUCAUGCAGUCUAUUCAGCUUGAUGAUGAGGGGCUCGAUAAAGAGAUGGCUAUUGCUCAGAGGAAUUCCCCAGCACAACGAAGGAGGAGCCAUGGUCGGAGGGCUCUGGCCCAUCAAAGAGCUCACGUAGAUGUUUCACCUGACCCAAGCAGCAGACAGUCACAGAUCAAAAGCCAGGACGAAGUGAAUAAACCUGCUUUUAAAGACUCCUUAUAAAAACAGAGCAGAUGGAAAUUGGUUAAAAGGUGAGAAAACGAAACACAAACAGGGAUACUACAAUAUUGGACACUCUUGCACACCAACCUAAUUCCGCUGUAUUCCAAGUUCUUAAUGGGAAUAAAAACAGAACAAGAUUAGGAAAAUUCAGCUUCUCUGAUAUGAUAUGGUGGUUGAUGUAAUAAAGCCUAAUAUUGAGGCUUGACUAUGGACGGUCAGAACGCACAAAGCACAUCUGUUACGUUUCAAUGCAACAAAUAUCUCACUUAUUUUGCCCACUUAACAUUUCCAUCUCGCCCAAUACCCAUCAACUCAUUUCAGAUUGUUUUAAAUAUAACCAUAAAUUUGAGUUUCGAUCAAUCGGCUCAUGUUAAGUAAGUGUUGAUACAAGAACUGUUUUUUAGAGAUUCAAAAUGUGCCUUUUGUAUUCUCCAUAUUCUUUGCACCUUCACACUGAGCCACAUUCAGUUUAUUCCAGAUUUUAAGGAUAUUAAAGGAAGUAGAGCAAGUUUCCUUGGCUGUCUUACAAGAGAUUCCUCUCUUAAAGCAUUAUUGUUAUGUAUUUUUAAUAAAUGAAUAAUGAGCGUGACUUCUCCAUUACUGGUGAGCUCCCUCAUUUUAGGAGUCCUAUGCAAUAAUUUACUUCUCUUUAUAGCUGUUUCUUCUCCGUGAAUGUGAAGCUUUUAGCUUUGUGUUGUCUGUUAGGGUUAUAUAUUAUUUAAAAUGUGUAAUAUGCAGGAGAUGCAACCUGAGAAGAGUAUUUUCUUAUCUAUGUGCCACAUUGUUGUGAUUUACUGUAUAAGUGGUCUAUGCUGUCCCAUAAUCAUUCUGCAUGCCACACUUACUUAUGUUGGUUCAGUGCCUUUAGUUUAGAGACCAAAAUAACCACAUUGUUGGUUUUAAUGUAUUUGGAGUAACGAACACAAGUUUAAUAUAAAACAUGUCCUUUGCUUUUUAAGUGAUGGUUUGUUUCCUUAAGCACCCACGUGUGAUGUCUCAUUUUAGUACAAGACUGUAUGCAUGCUUUAUGUACUGUACUGUAUGUAAACCUGUCUUUUUGAAGCAUGUGUCCUGAGUGUGUGUGUGUUUAAAGUAUAUACAAGUAAUAUCUGCUGUAAAACAUUUUUUUUGUUCAAAUGUGUGUACUGUUUUUGCACAAAGUGCCAAUCUUGUGAAACCAAAGUUGUGUUGUUGAAUGUUAGUAUCAAGCAACCCUGAUUCGGAGUUGUUUUCCACACAAGAACAAAUGUGUUAAUGCGUAUUAUUGGUAAAUGAUCAAUGGAGCCCAUGAUCAGUGCUGAUUUUUCAGCUGUACCUGAUGUAUAAUGUGCCAUGCCUUAUCAACUUUAGUAACCAUGAUGGUUUUUUCCAGUGUUUCCAGUUUUAUUUUGGUAUCAGGUGGAGUUAAAAAGCAAGUCAAGGUUGCUGUUGCUUUUUCUAUUUUAGACUGAUCUGAAAAUAUAUCUUUCUAACUUGAUAAAUUGUCGUCUGUGGUAUAAAAAUGAGUUUAUAAUGGAGCAAAGCAACACAAUGCGAAUCAUACAGUGUAUUGGUUAAUCACGAUUUAUGAUGGCAUUAAACAUUAAAGAUAAACAUAUUUAAAUAAACUGCAA